AUGGCGUCGUCAGUUAACGAGUCUACAACUACUCAUUAUAAUGACUGGCCAAACGCACAAGGUUUUGAUGUCCGCUAUCAAGAGCUUGAGCCGACAGAGUUACCGGUCCAGGGUACAAUUCCGCCCUACUGCGCCGGCGUGCUCUUUCGCAACGGGUUAGGCCCUCGCGAUAUCCAGACGGAGAAACAAACCACUUAUCGUGUGAGCCACUGGUUCGACUAUUUUGCUCAGGUCCAUCGUUUUCAGAUUCAUGCUCCUACACCAGAACAGCCCCGGGUCCGUGUCUCACACAACUCCCGACUGACCUGCGACGGCCUCAUCCGAAGGAUACAACGAACAGGAUAUCGUGGAGAGAUAACCUUUGGAGCCAAGUAUGAUCCAUGUAUGUCGAUCUUCCAGAAGGCGCAAUCAGUUUUCAAGACCAUUCCACAAGGAGUUCCCGACGAGGUUGACAUCAGCGUCACUUUGAACGUCAAUUUCCCGGGCUUGUCGGCUACAGGCAGCAAGCAGGAAAAGAUGGCUGGGCCAGGCAUCGAGACACUUUGCAACCGCACCGAUAACUCUACUUUCCAGAUGCUCGAUCCCCAAACCCUGGAACCAAUUGGUAUUGCGGACCAAACAGUCCUGCAUCCCUCUCUCCGGGGACCCCUUAGCGCGGCCCAUUGCAAGACGGACCUGGCCACCGGCGAUGUCUACAACUACAACCUAGACAUGGGUCUAACAAACACCUAUCGUAUCUUCCACGUUUCUCGCGCAACAGGGAAAACCAGCAUUCUCUCAACGUUCAGGCAUGCUGCUACAUAUGUGCACUCUCUUUUUCUGACGGAGCACUACGUCGUGCUCUGUCUUUGGAACGCUCGCUUUCGUGCCGGAGGCAUAUCCCUGCUAUGGACACACAACUUUGUAGAUGCAUUGACCGACUAUGAUCCUACACAGCGCAGCACUUGGUUCGUGGUAGAUCGUACUCCUGGAGGACGGGGAUUGAUUGCGCGCUACGAGUCCGAUCCCUUCUUCAGUUUCCACACUAUCAAUGCAUAUGAAGAGCCUUCAUCGAUUGACCCCUCCAAAACAGAUAUCAUCGCCGACGUUUGUGCAUACGACAGCUUAGACGUAUUAAACCGUUUCUACAUCGACAACUUACUGUCCGACUCCGCUACAGCGCAGAAAUUUGGCGAUUCAAAGAAUCACAGGGCUCGCGGCGCUUUUCAACGCUUCCGUCUGCCUGCCGUUCCCGAAGCAUCGAAUUCCAAAACCCUCACGGCGGAACUCGUCUUCUCGAUGGGAAAGGGACUAGGACCGGAACUUCCUCGUGUCAAUCCUCGGGUAGGCGGCCGCAAGUACCGCUACGUAUAUGGCGUGACCGACUCAGGAAAAAGUGUUUUCCUGGACGGUCUAGUCAAACAUGACGUCGCCACGCAGACAUCUCUCUAUUGGAGUCAGCAUGGGCAGACGGCCAGUGAGCCGAUUUUUGUGGCCGAUCCGGAUUCAGAAGAUGAGGAUGGUGGUGUACUUCUGUCCGUCGUGCUGGACGGCAUUGAAGGACAUAGCUAUCUGUUAGUUCUCGAUGCAAAGACGAUGGCAGAGGUCGGGAGAGCUACGGUUCAUGGUGUGGUUGGCUUCGGGUUUCAUGGUGCACAUGUUCGGGACCCUUAG